UCGCCUGCGAGUUUUCCGUUCGGUGAUAACCUCGAUAGUGCCGAGAUCUCGAACAGAAGAAAGAAGGGAUGGAGAGAAGCGAGACGGGCGAGGAAAAGGAGGAGAAUCGGGAGGAGGACGAGGAGGACGAGGAGGACGAGGAGGAGACCCAUAGGCAAAGUGGAGGCGGGGAGCAAUGGAGGGAGAAAGCAGUGGAACUCGAACGAAUGGUUAGGGGUUUACAGGAGAAGGUUAAGGGUCUGGAGCAGGCUGUGGAGAAGGAAAGGAAGGAGCGCCUGGCGGAGAGGCGGGGGAGGAUUCGCGCCGAGCAGGAGCUGCGCAAUCUGCGCGUGCAGAGCAGCGGGGCAAACCUCGCGCGCUGCUGUGCCAUGUGCGCAAAUUUCGCAGCUCCUGCAGAGCAGCAGCAGCAGGAGGAGCGCAAUCUGCGCAUGCAGAGCAGCGCGGAGCAGAGCAGCGCGGAGCAGAGGAGCGCAGAGCAGAGCAGCGCGGAGCUGAUCCCGCGCGCACGGUCACAUGGGCGCAGCGGCGCAUCUGCCGCUGGGGCGCCUCAAGAACCCGCAGAAGCGAGCGCGAUCUCUGGUGUUCCCGAGCGCGAAGCUGGAGGUCAAUCCGAGGGCGAGGGUCCGUCCGACGGCCUUGAUGUGACGGAGAUUCAGAAUGAGCACGAGUUUGCGCAGGAGCAGCUUGGGCAUCAUCGGCAGCAGCAGCAGCAGCAGCAGCAGCACGACACCAGCGAGCGGCUCACUACGUACCCCAUGACCCCCAUUGGCGUUCUUCGCUCCUGCUUCUCUGCCAGGAAUGGCACGCCACGACAGCCGUUGCUAGUGCCGGCAGCGCGGGCCUAUCUGGAGCUGCCACGUGGCGGGGUAGCGCCAGCAGCGCUGCAGGGAUUGGAGGGCUACUCGCACUGCUGGCUGCUGUAUGUGUUCCACGCCAACACGGACAUUCAGCGACUGUGGUCUGACCCCCUGCACAGCAACUUCCGAGCCAAGGUCCGGGUCCCCAGGCUGCAGGGAGGCAAGCUGGGGGCGCUGGCGACACGCACGCCGCACCGACCGGUGCCGAUUGGACUCAGUAUUGCCAAGGUGGAGCGGGUGGAGGGGCGGCGGGUGUACCUGUCAGGCGCUGAUGUGGUUGACGGCACUCCAGUGUUGGACAUCAAGCCUUACCUGCCCUACUCUGACGCUGUGCCAUCUGCCACUGUGCCACGCUGGGUAGAGCCAUCAGGCGAUGAUGAUGGCAUGCACAUGGCAUCAGUCACCUUCCAUCCCGCCGUCUCAACUCAGCUCCAACAUGCAUGGUCUGCCCAGAGUCACCGCUCGAUAUACUCACACCCGAACGAGCUACAACAGCUUUGCCAGCAAGUGCUUUCUCGCGACAUUCGCUCCGUCUCCCAGCGGCAACAGUCCACAUCACUCACGAGUGUAACUCCUACUUAUUCAGCGCAUGGUGAUGGUGCAGCCAAAGGUGAAUGGAUUAUAUCGAAGGGUGGAUGUGGGAAGGAUAGCUUGGAGCAAAAGGCUGUUUCUGGGAGUGUAUUGUACCAUGUGAUGUUGGAUGGGAUAGAUUUCAGUUAUGCUGUGACAGGUGGUAACCAUGUAACUGUUCUCGAAGCACAUCUGGCUUCUAGGUGAGUUUGGCAAAACUCUUCUAGGAACAAAUUGAGACUCACUGU